AUGGCCACCCCUCGCUACCCUCGCACCGAGUACAAGGGCCUCACGCCUGAUUUCAUCACCUCAUGCCACACGCAUCAGUACCGCGUGUUUGAGAGACCCCACUUCCGCGAGCAGCUCUUGCCCCUGCUCCGAGAGCAGUCCAACGGCUGCCAGGUAGUCAUAUGGACGGACGAGGAGAAGAGGAACAUGGUGCCAGUUUUGGACGAGCUCUUCGGCCAUCCCCAGCGGAUCAUGCUCAAGCUCGGCCGGCGUGACUUGGCCAAGGCAGAAGGGGGACGGCUGCGAUUCGACCUGGACAGGCUAUGGAGCAAGCCUAAGGCCCUGGAACAGGGCUUUGAUGGACGCAACACGCUCUUCAUCGCAUGCGAGUCCAAGGCCACCAUGGUCAAACAGCAGAAGAACGUCAUCACCGUGUCUGACUAUCUUGCCACCAAGCGACAGAGCGACAACGAGUUGCUCCACUUGACCAGAAAGCUCCAGUCUAUCAUGUAA